AGGUGGCAGAUGUGGUGUUCGUCAUCGAAGGAACCGCAAACCUCGGCCCUUACUUUGAAUCCUUAAGGAAGCAUUACAUCCUGCCGGCCAUUGAGUUUUUCAAUGGUGGCCCCCCUGCAGAAACCGACUUUGGGGGAGAUCUGAUUCCUCCAUCAGGGAACCGCAAAUGAGAAGCAUCUGGAGUGACACAUCUCACGUGAUGGUUUGCUGACAGAAGAGGGCGAGAUGGGACGUAGGAUUUAAGAAGCUCCUCUUGAUAAAAUUAAGGACCUGUCCAUCAAUGGAUCUGACUGAGUACCAAGGACUUAUAAUGGGAGCCAAUGAAGUUGGUUUGACAGCACAAGCUGGUAACCCUGCAAUUAGAGAGUUAUGCUAGUCCAUUCAUGAGGUAACAAAUAGCUGGACUAGAAGCACUUCUAAUUAGGCCUUUUCUGCCUAAUCAGAAAAGGUCUGAUCUUCAAGAUGUUAUACAGUGUAAAUCUGCUAGAUCAGGAGAGUGUUGUUAUGUAGUCAGCAAAGGACAGCUGGUAAUCUAUCAUUACUCCUAGGUUCCUAGCGGAUCAUGAUGGAGACAGCGUUGGUGAUCCAGUUCAUACAGAGAUGUCAUGAUGGAUGGUAGGGCUGGAAGAAAAGACCUCAGUUUCAUAAUGCUUCAGCUGGAGGUGAUCAUCCAUCAUCCAGGCUGAGAUGUGACUGAGGCGUGCAGAGAUCAGAGCAGAGACUGGUGUAAUGGUGACCAGAGUAGCCGUGUGGCUGGAUGAUCUGACCUUGAGAGGAAACAUAAAGAGAGAAGAGCACCAAGACAGAGCCUUGGGGAAUAUCAGUCAUUACUUGACGUGACUUUGACACCCUUGCACCUCAAGCCACUAGGAAUGAUCUGUCUGCUAGGGAUAUAAUGAACCAGUGUAGUGUAGUCCCUGUGAUGCUAAGUUGGGUAUGGGUGUUCAGCCGGAUUUGAUGAUGAACUGUGUUAAAGACUGCAAAGAGGUCUAGCCGGAGCUGGACGGACAACUGUGAUGCAGCUCUUGUGCUGUGAUGCUGAGUGUCCAAGUCUGAAGCCUGUGUCCAAAAGAAUCUCUGCUUGAGAAAUUCAGACUUGACUGAGAAGAGUAUGUCCAAGAGUUUAGGACAGAAAUGAAAGAAGGGAGACUUGUCGAUAAUCCUGUCUGAGAAGGGUCAAGUGAGGGUUUCUUAAGCAGUGGUGUUACUCAAGCCUGCUUAAAUGUGGAAUGUGCCAGUUGUAAGAGACGAGUUAAUCGGGUGAGUAAGUGCAGGGGACAGGAUCCAGGGCACUCGUGGUGGGCUAGUGGGCGAGAAGUAUAGGAGUAUAUGAAAGGAAAAGGAGGACCGUGCCCAGUGGGCUGCAUGCAGGUGGUGGGUCAGGAGAAUUGGCUAGCGAUGGCUCUCAUGGGAAAAAAAGUAGCAAAAUCAUUAGCAGUCACUGUUCCACAGACCUAAUGAAUGCUAUUUGGAGAAACACAUUUUGCUGUAAUCCUGUUUACUUUCCCGUCUUGCCUCCAGCCCCCUCUCCUGUAAUCCUGUGUCCUCUCUGGUCCCGCCUCUCAGUACCCGCUCCGGUAAUCGGGGGUUGUUGCUUUGUGUUGAGAAAUAUGUCCGACGGAUUUUUAAUUUUCUGUCUCCCAGUAUGGAGGAACACAGUACAGCCUGGUUGUGUUCAACACGGUGGACUGUGCCCCCGAGUCCUACGUGCAGUGCCACGCUCCUACAAGCUCCGCCUUUGAGUUUGUCACAUGGAUCGACAGCAUCCAGUUCAUGGGGGGCGGGGCCGAGAGCUGCAGCCUGAUUGCCGAAGGCCUAUCUGUGGCUCUGCAGCUCUUCGAUGACUUCAAGAAGAUGCGGGAGCAGAUAGGUCAGACACACAAGGUGUGCGUGCUGCUGUGUAAUUCGCCGCCGUACCUCCUGCCUGCUGUGGAGAGCGUCAGCUACACCGGCUGCACGGCCGACAGCCUGGUUCAGAUCAUCCGUGAUAGAGGCAUACAUUUCUCUGUGAUUUCCCCGCGGAAGCUGCCCGCCCUGCAGGCCCUCUUUGAACGGGCUUCCCCUCUCGGCGUCCCGGCAGACACCUCGCACCCGGACUACAGUCAGGACCCCCGUCACAUGAUCCUGGUGCGAGGCAUCGCUCUCCCUGCUGCUCAAGGCGGAGGCUCAACUGUAGGCCCUCUGAAGCCAGUUUUGCCCUCUCAGCCCAUGUCUGGCAAUCAGCCUCCUAUGGGCGGAGCCACACAGCCGCCUCCUCCAAUCAGCACAUCUCACCCGUAUCAGACUUCGCCAUCUCUUACUGCCGCCCAGGUUGCUGCUCAGAUGGCAGUAGAGGCUGCCCACAACCAGAAGAGGCCCUUCGCUCCAAUGGGAAACCCCGGUCCACCCUUCAGUGGUCCACCAGCUUCCCUGCAACCAGUGAGCGGCGUGAAACUCGCCCCAUCUAAUCAGCCCAGUCUGGCUACAGUCACCACCAUGAUACCCCCGCAGGCUCCACCCCCUCAGCAACAACCUCCACAGCAAGUACCGCCUCCUGGGCAACCGGCAGCAAAUCAGCAGCCACCGCAGCCCCCACAGCAGCCCCCGAUCAGUCAGCAGACUCCGCCAUCUUCUCAGCCUAGCAUGCCUGGCGUAUCUGCCCCAGCAAACUCCAAUCCGAUUGGACAGCAGGGGGUAGCCAAUAAGAUCAUGGCAUGGAGUGGGGUGCUGGAGUGGCAGGAGAAACCCAAAACAACGCCCAUGGACUCCAGCACCAAGCUGACGCGCUCACUGCCCUGCCAGGUGUACGUGAACCAUGGGGAGAACCUCAAUGCUGACCAAUGGCCACAGAAACUGAUCAUGCAGCUCAUCCCUCAGCAGCUGCUGACCACACUCGGGCCGCUCUUCAGGAAUUCGAGGAUGGUGCAGUUUCACUUCACCAACAAGGACAUGGAGUCCCUGAAGGGGCUGUACCGCAUCAUGGCCAAUGGUUUUGCCGGCUGUGUCCACUUCCCUAACAGCAGUCCCUGUGAGGUACGCGUUCUUAUGCUCCUCUACUCAUCGAAGAAGAAAAUCUUCAUGGGUCUGAUCCCCAACGACCAGAGUGGCUUCGUCAACGGGAUCCGCCAGGUCAUCACCAACCAUAAGCAGGUGCAGCAGCAUCGUACGCUCACAUCCACCGGUGCUAUGCCACAGGGCCCCGUCCCACCCAACCAGAAUUUCCUUAACAGGCCCUCGGGACCCAUUCCUGUUUCCCAUGGCAACGUGCAGCAGCAGUCUGUCGUUUCCGGGUUGCCCCCGGUCAGUCAGGUUACCAUGAUGGAUGACCAACAAAGGCAGUCUAACAUGAUGAGAGCAGCUGCCACAGCCAAUCAGCAGCCUCCUGUCACAGGCGCACCCCCCAAUCAGACGGCGCAGGGCGGCCAGGCUCCUUCUCAGCCUCCAAUCCACCGUCUCUCCAACCCGGGUGCCAAUCCACAGCUCCGCAGCCUCCUGCUCAGCCAGCAGCAGCCGCAAGGUGCUGUGUCCCACAUGCCGGCUGGAGUCCUCGCACACCAGGCCUUGGGGCAGCCGCUGGUUCAUGCUCCACCAGGAGGGGGUCCUCAGCUGCAACCUCAGUGGAGACAGCCACUGCCAGGCCAGAUGCUAUUGGCUCCAGGGCAAAGGGGCUCCGUGGGCCCCACUCCAGGAAUGCCCCAGGUGUCCAGUGUCAUGGAAGAUGAGAUCUUGAUGGACCUGAUCUGAGCUCAGUUCUGGUGGAGCCGCCAGGGGGCGGGUUCUGCCCGGAACUGCGGAAGUUGGCAGCGGCGCAAAGCUCACGGUUGGCGUGUAGGACAAUGGCGGGCGCCACACUGCUACGACACACUGUUUUAUUUGUUUAACAUCUGUAGAUGUUAUAGCCUGAUUUCAUUGCGCAUUUUUUAUUUGAAUUUUACUGCUCCUCUGUUGCUCUCCUUGUUUUUAAGGUUGUUCCGACCGUGGAAUAAAGGUUUUGUGUAUGAAAUGUCUUCCUGGAUCCUGGUGUGCCCAUGUAGAGUUGGGUGCGGAGUCCCAUAUCGGCCCAGAGGUCCGUGCUCUACCUUGGGUCUCAGCCACACUUAACCGUUCAGAGAAACACCAAAAUAGAUAAACCUCGAGUGUAUUGUUUAGCGUUUGUUUCUGCCAAAUAGUGUCGGUGUGUUAAUUUUAACUCCUCCAAUAUGCUGUGUAGCCGCACAUGGCUGUGGGAGCCAGGAUGGGCUGCACCGUGCCGCCAAGCAGUCUCAGCAGAUGGCGGUAUCUGGCAGUGAUUCUUCUCCCAGGCCCGGGAAGGCCCGGCACACUUACUGAGAGCUGACUGUACACAGAGCACACAUUAGCUUCGCACCCAUUGACUAAUUAGCGCAUGCAGGCGUGUGUCUAUCCGUGCUGGUGUGUUAGUGCACAUUUGGGCCCGGUUGCACACAUCUGCCGCAUAAACAUUUACGCUCUUUACAUACGCACCUGUCCAGGACCUCACCACAGCACUGUCCACACACAGACAAGCAGUCAUUCUCACACACAGGAAAUGAUGUCAGUCUGUCUCAAAGGAGAUGGAAAUGGUUGCUAGGAUACUGUCACACUGGGAUCUCCCUUUUCCAAUAAGAAAACCUAUAGCCUUUCGAUGAAAUGUUUUAUUUUCUGAAUCGCCGUGCUCCCUACUUCUCAGAUAGCUGCAGUGUAAGCACCACUGUUCUAGUAUCAUUGUCGGCUUUGUAUAUAUCUAUCUUCUCAGGAAAUAAAGUCGUAAGAACUGCC